CUCUGUAAACGUUAGAAAGGUCGCCGAUUAACACUUGCAACUCAGUGUCGUGAUGGUUUUAAAAAAAUUCAGAAGGUAGUAAAAAAGGUAUUAAAAAGGUAUUAAAUUUAACUUAAGGAUUGCUGUAUAUACCCUGUAGGAAAAAGUGUUGGCAAAUGCUGAAUCCAUUAUCUGACCCAGGAUGUGUGUGUGUGUGUGUGUUAAAGAGAGAGACAGAGAAAGCGUGAAUGAUAAAGUAUGCAGACAUGCUAACAUUACUAACUAUUAGGAAGAAGUGUUGGCUAAAUCUAUUAUUUUGUCUCCUUAUGUAACCAGGCCACAGACACACAGACCAGUGUCUCCAGUGCCCAGCUGUGUGUCUAUGAAGAGUGACCGGUCCAUUGGACGCCCUCCCAAUUUCAGCAGUGGACCACCACAGUCUGAUCCAAAUGUUUGGAGGAAUGUUCUGACCCAGGAUCAGUCCAGGUGUGGAGUGUGUGAGCAGCUACUGAGGGACCCAGUCAUCACCACCUGUGGACACAGUUUCUGCAGGCAGUGCAUCAGCAGCUACUGGAGUCAGUCUGGUCCAUCAGGAGACUACAGCUGUCCCCAGUGCAGAAAGAGAUCCAGAGCACAACCCUUUCUAAACCCUGACAUAACCAUGGCACAACCUCUGUUAUACCCACAUACAACCAUGACACAACCUCCUGUAUAUCUCCCUACAGCCAUGGCACAAUCUUCUCUCUACCAACACAGAGAAAUGGCACAGCUUCAUCUAAAGCCAUCUACAACCAUGGCACAAGUUCCUCCAUAUCCACACUCAGACUUGGGGCAGAACCCUCUAUACCCACACUUACACAUGGCACAGAUAUCUCCACAUCGUCCUUUGGAUGAGCACAUAGUCAUGGAAGGAAGCAAACAUCUCCAAACUGAGCAUGCUCCUGUCAAAAGGGCCAAACUAAGAGAUGAUGUCCUGAACAGAGCACCGGUGACUCAUAAAGCCAGUAUGAAGAGGAGGUUUGAGAGCAUAUCUGAAGGUGUCAUAAGAUCAGAGACUCAAACACUCCUGAACAAGAUCUACACGGAGCUCUACAUCACAGAGGGAGAGAGUGAAGGGGUGAAUAAUGAACACGAAGUUUGGCAGGUAGAGUCAGCAUCCAGAUCACAAACUACAGAAGACACAGCAAUCCACUGCAAUGACAUCUUCAAGCCCUUACCUGGACAGCAGAGACCCAUCAGAAUUGUCAUGACCAAGGGCAUUGCUGGCAUUGGAAAAACCGUCUCAGUGCAGAAGUUCAUCCUUGACUGGGCAGAGGAGAAAGCUAACCAGGAUGUAGAUUUCAUGUUUGUACUUCCGUUCCGUGAGCUGAAUUUGGUCAAACAUGAUCAGUACAGUCUUCACAAGCUCCUGCUGGACUUCCACCCUGAGCUUAGGGAGCUACAGUAUGGUGAAUACAAAGACCGCCAUACUGUGUUCAUCUUUGAUGGUCUGGAUGAGAGUCGACUUCCGCUGAAUUUCCAAGAGAACCAGCAGUUGUCUGAUGUGACACAAACAUCAUCAGUGGAUGUGUUGAUGACGAGCCUCAUUCAGGGAUCUCUGCUUCCCUCUGCUCUCAUCUGGAUAACCUCCCGACCAGCAGCAGCCAGUCAGAUCCCUUCUCAGUGCAUCAAUCAGGUGACAGAAGUACGAGGGUUCAGUGAUCCACAGAAGGAAGAGUACUUCUGGAAGAGGAUUAGUGACCAGAAUCAAGCCAACAGAAUCAUCUCGCACAUUAAGGCAUCCAGGAGCCUCCACAUCAUGUGCCACAUGCCAGUCUUCUGUUGGAUCUCAGCCACUGUCCUUCAGCAGAUACUGGAAGAGGAUGAUGGGAAGGAACCCCCCAAAACUCUGACUGAGAUGUUCAUACACUUCCUGCUCAUCCAGACCACCAGGAAAAAACAGAAGUAUCAAGAGGAAAAUGAUAUAGAGAGACAGAGGCUCCUGGAAUCACAUAAGGAUGUCAUACUGAAACUGGCAGAGCUGGCCUUCAAGCAUCUAGAGAAUGGCAAUCUCAUGUUCUAUGAGGAAGACCUGAAAGAGUGUGGCAUUGACGUGAGUGAAGCCUCAGUGUACUCUGGCAUGUGCACUGAGAUCUUCAGGGAGGAAUGUGUGUUUCACCACAAGAAGGUCUACUGCUUUGUGCAUUUGAGCAUCCAGGAGUUUCUUGCUGCACUUCAUGUGUUUGCCUCCUACUUGAGUAAAAACAUGGAGGCCCUGACACCAUUUCUCAAAGGGAAGUCCAGGUCUUUGCCAGAUCUGCCUCUACAUGAGCUGCUGAAGAAUGCUGUGAACAAAGCUUUGGAGAGCAAGAAUGGACACCUUGAUUUGUUUGUUCGCUUCCUUCAUGGAAUUUCUCUGGAGUCAAAUCAGAGACUUUUGGUUGGUCUCCUGACACACACACACAGCAGCCCAGAAAGUGAGAAGAAGACUAUCCGAAACCUGAAGGUGAUGCAAAGGCCAAAUAUCUCCCCUGAGAGGUGCAUCAAUCUGUUCCACUGCCUGGUCGAAAUGCACGACUCUUCUGUUCAUGAUGAAAUCAAGGCUUUCCUGCAGGCAGAGAAGGGUUCGGUGAAACAGCUCUUACUGGCUCACUGCUCAGCCUUGGCUCAUGUGCUUUUGCUGUCUGGGGAGGUGCUGGAUGAGUUUGACCUGAAGAAAUACAAAACCUCUCCAGAAGGUCGCAGGAGACUGGUUCCAGCUGUGAGAUGCUGCAGAAAGGCUCUACUUGCUGACUGCAAACUAACAGAGAGGUCAUAUGAGAUUGUGGCCUCAGCUCUGCAGUCUGCAAACUCCCCCUUAAGAGAGCUGGAUCUGGGUCACAGUGACCUACGGCUGUCAGGUGAAAUGCUGCUCUCUGCUCUACAGAGUCCAAACUGCAAACUGGAGACACUGAGACUUGCUGAGUGUAAACUAACAGAGAGGUCAUUUGAGAUUGUGGCCUCAGCUCUGCAGUCUGCAAACUCCCCCUUAAGAGAGCUGGAUCUGAGUCACAGUGACCUGCAGCAGUCAGGAGAAAUGCUGGGCUCUGCUCUACAGAGUCCAAACUGCAAACUGGAGACACUGAGUCUUGCUGACUGUAAGCUAACAGAGGAAUCCUGUAAGGCUGUAGCCUCUGCUCUGCAGUCAUCGGUCUCCCUGACCGAACUGGACCUCACAAACAAUGACCUGAAGGAUUCUGGAAUUCAGCUUCUCUCUGCAGGACUAAGUAGCCCUCAAUGUAUACUACAGAAACUAAGACUGUCUGGUUGUCUCAUCACACACCAGGGCUGUUCUUUCUUGGCCUCUGCCCUCAAAUCAAACCCCUUCUACCUGAAACAGCUGGAUCUGAGCUACAAUCACCCAGGAGACUCAGGGGUCAGUGAGCUCACAGACAGACUGAAUGAUCCCAACUGUAAACUAGAGACUUUCAGGUAUGGCCAUGGAGGAGAGUUCAGGAUUAAACCAGGACCGAGAAAAUAUGCCUGUGAGCUCACACUGGACCCAAACACAGCACACAGAACUCUCUCUCUCUCUGAGGGGAACAGAAAGGUGACAUGUGUGAGUGAGGAGCAGCCGUAUCCUGACCACCCAGAGAGAUUUGACUGGAAUCAGGUGUUGUGUAUAGAGGGUCUGUCUGGACGCUGCUACUGGGAGGCUGAGUGGAGUGGGCGUGGGGCUCGUAUAUCUGUGGCGUAUAAAAGCAUGAAGAGGAAAGGGAGGGGUAAUGAGAGCACACUGGGACGUAAUGACAAGUCCUGGAGGCUGUAUUGCUAUGGUGACAGUUACUACUCUGCCAGCCACAAUAAUAAACACACUGACAUACCUCCCCCCUCCUCCCGCUCCAGCACAGUAGGAGUGUACCUGGACUGGCCAGCCGGCACUCUGUCCUUCUACAGCGUCUCCUCUGACACACUCACACACCUGCACACGUUCCACUCCACAUUCACUGAGCCCCUCUAUCCUGGGUUUUGGGUUUAUUAUGGGGUCUCCUCAGUGUCCCUGUGCCAGAUCACAUGACCUCCCCAUGCUGCA